CUGCUGCUGCCGGACGAGCGCGCCAGCACGCUCAUCUUCUUCCUGGUCUCCGUGGGUCUGGAGCUGCUCUGCUUCCUGCUGCACCUGCUGGUGCGGCGCAGCCGCUUCGUGCUCUACUACACCACGCGGCCCCGCGACAGCCGCCGGAGCUGCCUUGGCCGGGGCGCCGGCUACCGCGUGCACCACGAUGUCGCCGCCGGGGACAUCCACUUCGAACACCAAGCCCCAGCCCUGGCCAACAGCGGGUCCCUGAAGGACAGUCCAGCCCACGAAGUGACCGGCGGCAGCGGGCGGGCCUAUGUGCGCUUUGACGUGCCUCCGCUGAGAGUCAAGCGGAGCUGGCCCACCUUCAGAGCCCUGCUGAUGCACCGCUACGCGGUGGCGCGGGUCAUCUGGGCCGACAUGCUGUCCAUUGCUGUGACCUACUUCAUCACGCUGUGCCUCUUCCCCGGCCUCGAGUCUGAGAUCCGCCACUGCAUUCUGGGCGAGUGGCUGCCCAUCCUCAUCAUGGCUGUGUUCAACCUCUCAGACUUCGUGGGCAAGAUCCUGGCGGCCCUGCCCACGGACUGGCGGGGCACCCACCUGCUGGCCUGCUCCUGCCUGCGUGUGGUCUUCAUCCCCCUCUUCAUCCUGUGCGUCUACCCCAGCGGCACGCCCGCCCUCCGCCACCCCGCCUGGCCCUGCGUCUUCUCCCUGCUCAUGGGCAUCAGCAACGGCUACUUCGGCAGUGUGCCCAUGAUCCUGGCAGCAAGCAAAGUGAGCCCCAAGCAGCGGGAGCUGGCGGGGAACACCAUGACUGUGUCCUACAUGUCAGGGCUGACGCUGGGCUCUGCCGUGGCCUACUUCACCUACAGCCUCAGCCGGGACGCCCACAGCAGCUGCCUCUACACCCCUGCCACCAAUGGCUCCGUCCCCACUGGCCUCUAAAGCCAUCUGGCCCGGCCCUGCUCCUGCCCAGGGAGGGCUGCUCCGACCUGGACAGGGCCCCGAAGCCUGAGGCCCCCUCCCCAACAUGCCUGCAGUGCCUGCGGGGCCCUGGCCUCCUCCCGUGCCAAUCACGCCACCCUCUCUGGGUACAGCCAGCUACCACUGUGGCCCCAAUGCUCUGCUAAGCUCUUUGAGGCCUGGAACAUGUUUCUGCAACCCAGGGCUGUGCCCUGAACUGUGUUCUGUGUUCCGUCUCCCACUGCCCUUCACCCUCUGUCUGUGCCCAGUGGUCCCAGCUCUAACCAGGCCAGGGCUCUGUGGGGUCACACUCACAGCUGUUCCCAGCUAGGACAGCAGGCCGCCAGCCCAUGCAUCCACUCCCAGUGACACCACCCCAGGGUCUGCUUUGAGGACCACACGGCCCUCACCACCGUCCAUGGCACAGGUUGGGAUUUGGCCUGACCCAGGCUUUCCUUACCAGGGACCCCUCCUCAUGUCCCUCAGAGGAGAGGGACAGCACCCAGCCUUGUGGCCCUCCAGCUGCCUCCCACUACCCCAUUAUAAACACUGGUUUUCCCAAACCAAACACAUUUGCUAGGAAGCAGUUGUAGCCCUUAGUCUGAAUGGCCUCGGACCACCGUCUACACUGGCCUUUCAGUGUCUCGGUGUCCACAGCAGCAGCUGUCCACACCCCCAUUCCCAGCUGUGACCGCCCCAUCCCAUGCCCCGCUGUGUCCUGUCCACCCGUCUGUCCACUAAUUGUACCGCAAUGGCCAUUAAAUGAUGAAGGCAGAGAGACUGCCCCACUGCC